AUGUCGCACGGUAGUAAUAGCAUUGAGUUGGAAGCCUCGGGCAAACAGCAGCCUGUUCCUGUGAGCGUUGACGCUUCGGCUAGGCCGCCUGAGGACUCCAACAUCUACAAUGUCACGCGAACGCGAAAGGUGUUUUCUUUUUCGCAGCUUUUUGCUUUUUCGUUGACGUACAUGGCAUUAUGGGAGGGUAUGUGCUCAAAUAUGUACUUUGCCCUCUUCAAUGGCGGACCGCAAACUUUCCUGUUUAGCUUCAUCAUCGUCUUCUGCGGCGCCAUUUCCCAGGCUGCAUCGUUGGGAGAGAUGGCUUCGAUCCAGCCUGUCGCGGGCGCACAGUACCACUGGACAUUUUACAUGGCUCCUCAAUCGGUGAAGCGAUUCGCAACUUGGAUCCAAGGCUGGUCGACAUGGUUCGGCUACGUGUCGCUGUUGGCCGCUAUCGCGAACGUAACUAUCAUCCUACUCGAGUCGAUGAUCAGCAUCAAUCAUCCCGAUUAUGUCGCUGGUGGCUGGCAUACUUCCGUUCUUGUCAUCGCCAUGUGCUUAGUCCACGGAUUGAUGAACGUCUACGCCUUCAAGCUCAUUCCAUGGGUAGAGCUUGUCGCUGGUGUACUUCACGUUUGUCUCUUCGUCAUCUUUGUUGUUGUCCUCGUCGUCAUGGGCCCUCGAAACCCGUCGUCCUUCUGGCUGCAGCGCAACAUCUCGUCUGGUUGGGACAAUGAGUACAUCGCAUGGAACUUGGGCAUGCUGACCUGUGUCUGGAGCUUUACCGGCUUUGACAGUGCUAUCCAUAUGUCCGAAGAGACCCGAAAGGCCAAAUCUGCCGUCCCUCGCGCCAUGUUCUGGUCCAUCUUCAUGAAUGGCGUCCUCGGCUUCAUCAUGGUCAACGUUCUCAUCUCCGCCAUGGGCUCCGUCGAAGAUAUGCUUGAGCAACCCAGUCAGAUCCAGGCCAUCCUCCUCAACGUGACAGGCUCCAAUAAAGCCACCACUGCAAUGAUUGCUGGUCUCUUCAUCAUCUCUUUCAGUGUCAACCUUGCCAACAUUGCUUCCGUCUCCCGUCUAACAUGGGCUUGGUCUCGUGAUGGUGGUAUGCCUGCUUACUUUGCCUAUGUCAGUCCUACUCAUCGCGUACCUACACGCUCCAUCAUCCUCACUGUCUUCCUCGUAUGCGCUCUCAACCUUCUCAGCAUUGGCAACACCUCCUAUGUUGCUUUCGGUGCCAUUACAUCGCUCUCAUCCUUGGCUCUGUACCUCAGCUACGCUAUCGCCAUUGCAAGUAUCAUCUACGUUCGUCUUUCAGGGUCUUCCAUCAAGCUUGGAGAGUGGAACCUUGGUCGCUUUGGUCUUGCUGUCAAUGUCUUUGCUUUGGUUUACACACUCUAUGUCAUCAUUUUCCUCCCCUUCCCGUCAACUCUCCCAGUCACUGGUGAGAACAUGAACUACUGCGGCCCGGUCAUGGUAGCCGUCCUAGCUAUUGCGGUUGGGUUGUGGUUUACACAUGCUAGGAAGCAUUGGAAUGGUCCUAACUUGACCAUUCUUGAGUUUGUCGUUGCCAACGCAUCUGAAUGA